GCGCAAUGGCGGCCAUUACAUUUUUCGAGCCGCGUGCAAGGAUGAUGCAGCUGAUACCGCCUGCGUAGGCUGAAUUUCUCCUCGACAUUACGCCUGAAAAAACCACCAGCCAUGCUAGAUCACAAGCAAAUAUUGUCGCGCCUUACGCAGCGCAAGCUGGAAAUCGAGGCCGCCAUCAGCGCGCAGCAGGAGAUACUGAACGCCAACUCGGUCGGCAUGGACGAACCCUUGGUCGACAACGAAGGCUAUCCGCGUUCUGACAUCGACGUCUACAAGGUGCGUCAUGCGCGUCACCGCAUCAUCUGCCUGCUCAACGACCACAAGGCGAUCAUGAAGGAUAUUGAGAAGAGCCUGCACAACUACCAUGCUCAGAUGUCGCGAAACGCCGCCGAGAACGGUGGAGGUCCGGCGACGUCGUCUGCGCAUCAUGAGAACAUCGCCGCCGCGGCGCCUGCGCAACCUUUCGCAGUCAUCGGUAAGGUUGAGAACGGUUCGCCCGCUGACGUCGCAGGCCUCCACGCCGGCGACAAGAUCGUGAAGUUUGGCUCCGUCAACUCGGGAAACUUCAAGGACGUGACUGACAUUGCCUCCGUCGUGCAGCACAGUGUGGGCAGGCCCGUCAACGUGCUCGUGAAACGCAACGCGGACUCAGUGUCUCUGGUACUGACGCCCAAGCAGUGGCACGGCAAGGGACUGCUCGGAUGCAUGGUUCUCCCAAUGUCGUGAAAAAAAAGAAAAGCACGCGUUGCGGUCGUGCUGAGUGAUGGCGGAAGAAGGCUCCGAAGGAAACUCUGCGGUCUGGAAGCAACAUGUACUGUACACUGCGUGUCGUCUUGAUCAAGCGUGCGCAGUUUGUACACUUUAUGAAAUUAAAAGCGCAGCUGAAC